AUGUGCAGAGACAGUAAUACUCCCUCUCUCCACACUUGCUACCGUCCCUCCUCUCUUCAAUCUAAACACACAAACAAUUUCCACACAAUUAACAACACACCUUCAAUACACGAACCUAAUCUGUUCAAACCCCCACCUUCCUCCUCUCGCCACUGUCCAUCACCCUCAUCAUCAGACAAGCCCCUCCGAUUGCCCCUUCAGGAUGUCUACAAGAUUGGAGGAAUUGGAACUGUGCCUAUGGGACGUGUUGAGACUGGUGUCAUCACACCUGGAAUGGUGGUCACUUUUGCUCCAUCUGGACUAUCAACUGAAGUCAAGUCUGUUGAGAUGCACCAUGAAGCUCUCACGGAGGCCCUUCCCGGUGACAAUGUUGGGUUUAAUGUUAAGAAUGUUGCUGUUAAGGAUCUCAAGCGUGGUUUUGUUGCCUCUAACUCCAAGGAUGACCCAGCCAAGGAGGCUGCUAACUUUACCUCUCAAGUGAUCAUCAUGAAUCACCCUGGUCAGAUUGGAAAUGGCUAUGCCCCUGUUCUUGACUGCCAUACCUCAUACAACUGCCACCUUAGACCACCAGACCUCUUCUGCAGAUCCACGCCGCCAUGA